GUCUACAAAAGGACCUUGAUCAAAGUGCAUCUACGUCCAGCACAUGCGACAAUCACCCUACGGAACCUGCUGAUGAAUCGGACUUCCGAAUAAAUUCCUACUGGAAAAGCGCCAAAGUGACAACCAAACUACAACAAGAAAAGAGAACGACAAUGGGGUGCAGUUUUCUCCAAAGUGUAUCAAGUUGGUUUGUUAAAACCUUCAAAGAUGGCGGUCUUCUUGGAUGGUUUGCUGUUCUGGGUUUAUUUUCAUCAUGGAUAGCCUGGAUAGGAUUGAUUAAGGGUCUUGCUGUGAUGUUACCAACUCUACAAGAACAAUUCAACGCUUCGACUUGGUUAGUUGGCUGGAUGAUUGCUAUUAUAGACGCCAGUAUGCAGAUUUCAGCUUUAUUUGCCUCUCCACUACGAGAGAAACUAGGAGUGCGAGUUGUGGUCAUGGUGAGUGGGUUACUCGUCGGUGGUUCGAUGAUAGCUUCGGCUUUUGCAACCAGUUUGUCUCAGAUAACGGUUCUUCUCACUCUAGCUGCCGGUCCUGCAGUUGGUUGUUCACUUGUUGUAAGUAAAGAGUUGGUUGGACGCUGCUUUAGCGAAGCAAGCACAACGGCUUUCGGCGUGGGAAUACUUGGUGGUUCCAUUGCCUUCGUCACCUGCGUGCCCUUAACGCAAUUCUUCUUGGAUAUCUACGGUUGGAGGGGAACCAUGCUGCUACUUGGUGGGAUUUUGUCUCAUCUUGCUGUCUGUGGAGCUUUGAUGAAAGAACCCGCUGUAACAAGAAUUAGGCCCAAUGACGAAUAUCAAACAGUUGCUUUAAAUGAAGACACCGGUGAUGGAGAAGCAACAUCAAACAGCCGUUGUUGCUCUUGUUUUAACAGUGUUCACUCAUUCAUCAGCCAGACUUUCAAGCUUGGUUUAUUCUCCUUACCAUCAUUUUGGCUAAUAAUCUUCAUGUGCAACAUUUGGAUGAUGAUGAACACAGCUUGGGUCAUAUAUUUUGUUGUAUACACAACCGAAUCCAAGGGGUUUUCACUUGGAGACGCUUCCAACUGUGUCGUCAGUUAUGGAAUUGGGAGAAUACUUAGCAGUAUAACUGUUGGGCCAUUGGUCAAAAACUUCAAAGUACGUCUAAGCAACUCUGCGUGGUUAGGACUUGGACUAUUUUUGUCAUCUUUGUAUUAUCUCAUAGAUCCCUGGCUGAUGUCUUUUUGGCCGGUGCUUGUGGCAGCUUUCAUCUAUGGGUUUUUCAAAGUGAUGAUACACAUACAAUUUGACCUCGUCGUUAUAGAGUCAUUUGGUGCUGAUCGAAUGGGGUUAUUUUUGGGUUGGAAUGGACUUUUCACUGGAGUGACCGGGCUCUUCACAUUGUAUUUCCCAGGUCUAAUCUACGACCACUUUGGUAGUUAUACCUUAGCCCUAAUUCUGAUGGGAGGCGUCCAACUGCUAACCGUGGUGGCUCUAUUUGUUCUAGUUUGGCUGCGAAGACGUAGUCCAGCCAGCCUCUGAGGGGACGUCCGAAAAUGUAUCCGUGCCAAUCCCGGAGCUCACUGUCGCGGUGUUCACUGUCUCACCAUGGUCGCGCUGUUCAAACAUUAUUUAAACAAGUACUUAAACGAUAGCUAUUGAUCCUCGCUUGUAUAUUUAGUUAUUUCCUAGUGUGACCCUCUCUAACACUUAAAAGAGUCGUAUAAGGAUAGAGGCUAACGGCAAGUUGUUUUCUUUACACUCGGUGCACCUUUUUAUUUCCUGAAACAGACAAAGACAAAAUACAUGUUGUCAGGUCUUCGCUGGAAUCAUUAUCUUAAUUAACUUAUCAAACAAAUAAUCACAGAACAGUAUUUAUGUACAAACAGUAUUAAAUGAAAUCGUAAACGGCUUUAAGUAAACAGGUAUGUCUCAAGAUCAUGACAUGUGAUUUUCACAUCACAUGCGCCAUCUUGAUUAUUGAUGGAAAACAACAACUUAAAUGCAAAUAAAACUUGGCCGAUGCUCAAAUAAACUACAAGGGUAUAGUUCAACAAAUAAAUAAUAAACUUGUAUUCAUUUGACGACACCACAAUUACUUAUAUUGGUAUAACAUAAUAUCCUUUUAGACUCAUGAAAUGUAUUCAGAGUUCAGAGUUGUGGUUAACACAAUUGUAUUAAAGAAAAAUGUAUUAUGACAUUAUUACCAUAAUUUAUUAAAUUAUAUACGUUUUUUGUUGUUAUAAAGUUUAUAUAAAUGUUUUUGUUUUUCUUUUAGAUUUGCAUCAUACAAAGCAGUUAGAAAAAAUCCAGAACAAAAUUUCACUAAAUUUAUGAAAAUAAAACUGUACUUCACUGCUCUUGUCACAUGGAAUUCUGCCCCCCCC